CCACUCUAUAUGUCCCAAGUUGGAACGCCUCAGUUUCUAACGGCCAUGGCUCCUUUUGCUGAAAGCAAUAGGCCUACUUCUGUUGAGAACUCGCCCUGUUCAUCCAACAAUAAGUUACGGAAGCUCAUUGUGGAGAAAAUUCGGAGAGACCGCAUCAACAGCAGCAUUGAGCAACUGAGGAAACUUCUCCACGGAGGACAGAUAUGUGGCCAGCAGCAGCAGCAGCGCUCAUCCAACCUGGAGAAAGCCGAUAUUUUGGAGUUGGCAGUGAGUUUCCUACAGAAGGAGACCACAGCGGGCGUUUCGCCCACCUACUCCCAGGGCUGCUCCCAGUGUCUGCAGGAGACCCUCCGCCACCUGUCCCUUCACGCGCCCCUGCAGGCUGCAGAACUAGAGGAGAUCAAACGCUUUUACGUGCUCCAGAAAACAGCCCUGUCCAGGCGCAUGUCAGUUCAGCAAUGA